UCCUCUCGCCCUGGGCCUCCUUGCAGCGAUGUCGUCCACAGGCUGGCUCGAAACUUCACCAGCUUGCAACGCGAUCGAUAUAUUCCGUGCGAAUACAUAAGCAGGCGACUACAGCUUUGCCCAGCUUGUUCGAAAACCAGGAGUAGACUGAAGAGCGAUGGGGCUGUGGGAGAGCGUCCGGACCUUGUUCGGCGAGGGAGGCAAUCUCGGCUGCCUACCUCGGAUUGGGAAGAAGGGGUCCAGCAAGGAUCUUCACUCUUAUCCGAUGGACCAUGAGAAACGGAAAGGAUCGGACAGUGCUGCGCCGGAGGAAGUGGUGACCGUGGAGGUGCCGGAGGUGCCGGUCCGCGAGCUGAACGAGAUCACAAGCUUCUUCUCGAGCGAGAACCUGAUCGGGCAGGGCUCCUACGCGAAGGUGUACAGGGUCCUGAUGCGCGGGGCGAGGCCCGCCGUCGUCAAGAAGCUCGAGAAGCCAUCCAAGCACGCCUCCAACAUCGUCUUCCUCAAGCAGCUGUCGGUGGCGUCGCGGCUGAAGCACGAGAACUUCGUCAGGUUGCUCGGGUACACGAUCAGCGGCGACCUCCGCGUGCUGGUCUACGAGUACGCCUCCAUGGGCACCCUCCACGACGUCCUACACGGGCCGAGGGAUGGACAGGGGUGGGGGCAGGCGGAGGGCACCGGCGGGCAGGCGGCGGCGGUGGCGACGUCGCCGGCGCUGAGCUGGGAGCACCGGGUGCGGAUCGCGCUGGACGCGGCGCGCGGGCUGGAGUACCUGCACGAGAAGGUGCAGCCGGCGGUGACGCACAAGGACGUCCGGUCCACCAACGUGCUGCUGUUCGAGGGGUUCAGGGCCAAGAUCGCCGACUACAACAUGUUCAGCCAGGCCGCCGACAUGGCGCGCCUCAACCGCUCCACCCACACCCUCGGCUCCUUCGGCUACCAGGCGCCGGAGUAUGCCAUGACGGGCCAGAUGAACGACAAGAGCGACGUGUACAGCUUUGGGAUCGUUCUCCUGGAGCUCUUGACGGGGAGGAAGCCGCUGGACAGGACGCUGCCGCAGGGUCAGAGAAGCCUGGUUAACUGGGCAACUCCAAUGCUGACCGAAGACAGAGUCCAGGACUGCAUCGACCCCAAGCUUGGCGACCAGUAUCCUCCAACCGGAGCUCUCAAGCUGGGGAGGAUUGCGGUGCAGUGCCUGCAGUACGACCCCACAUUCCGGCCGUCGAUGGGCACCGUCGCCCGCGUCAUCAACUACGCCGUCGUGCGAGACCAGCAAGGCGUCGUCUGAAUCGUGUACGGUUGACACGAGGAUUUUUGCCCUUGUCCAUUUGAUUCGUUCCUGCUAAAUCAAUCCUGUUGUGCAAGCUAGUUAGAUAUGUAACUAUGUAAGAGAUGCACCGUAACAGUGGAACUGUGAAGAGAUUAGAGAGAGAUAAUAUCCAAAAAGCUCCUCUGGUUGAUAUAAAAGUAGGGAAGAAACAGAACAGAACCCCUUAAGGCCAUAUGUGAAAACGCACACAUCUGUACUAGUAGUACAUGCUAGUAUGGGUAAAUCGCUCAUUUUAGGACGGAA